GAUCCAAAGUCAAAGCCUCCGAAAUCACUUCAAAACUAAUACUAAAACUAAUAUACAAAGUAUUUUAAUCAAUUGAGAGAGAGUUAAGCCCGAAAUUGGGUUGAGAAUGGUGCGCAAAAAUCGUGCGCUAUUUAUAGGACAGAGAACGCGGGCAUCCAACUUCUCUGGGCUCCAACUUUGGACGCCAGUGCCCGAAUAGCGUGUUCCAUCCAUUAGCGCCGCGCCGCAUGGCAAAGCCGUGUCACCCCAGGUUGCUUGGGGGUCCAACUCUCGCGGGCGUCCAACUUUGGACGCCCAGGGUUCGGUUUCAACGCCCAAUUGGUCCAAUACGCGAUUCUCCAAGAUUUUGUCCCAAUUUCGCUCCGUAUUGGUCCGUUUGGCUCUUGAACACUGAUUUUUACCUUCGAAGUCUCGUUUUCUUCGGUGAUGUUUAAAAUCUGAAACUUUUUCUCCAAUUUGGGACAUAAAAUGGACUAAUCCACUUAAUUUAAUUUGGAACCCGUAUUUAUUCUUCUUGAGACGAAAUAGAAAUUUUGUCACUAAUAGACACCUUUAAUGGGUAAAUUUAUUACUAUUUUCCUGCAAUAACGCUUAAAAUAUGUAGAAUAAAAUAAGAACAAAAUAGAUUUAUCAAGGCCCCAACUGGUUCUCACCAGAGGUCACUGACCUCCGUGCGUAUGUUUUUAAUCCUUGGGACCAUCAAGUGCACGAAAACACCCGCAUGACCUUAUUUCCUAAUCUCAACCUUAUUGUUAAUUUCUAAUAUUCAAUGUGAAAUUUGCACUGAAUAGAACUAAAACAUAGAUCAUUUCUCAAUGUAGGACUUAAACUUUUUUAUUUCCUAAAUAGGACUUAAUAAUGAUUGGUGAGAAAAAUAAUGUCCAAGUGAUGCUGGACAUUUAGUUGAAUAAUGACUAAUACAUAAUGAUCAAUGGUCCUACAUUGAAAAAUGAAAACAUACAUAUAUUGAGAAAAAGUGAUUAUGUUUUAGUCUUAUUUAGGUAAAUUACCCAUAUUCAAUUCAACUAAGAUCCGCCUACAUCUACCAAGUGGCCUAUUUUGCAAUUUCAGUCUAACAUAUAAUUAUCAUCAAUUCAUUAGCUAGUAAGUUUAGAUUAAUCUUGUGACUAUUAGUUAAACUUUUAUGGCCAUCAAACAAUUGAAACAUGUGGCCUAAAUUACAAUUUAAAAGAAAGAGGGCCAAAUUAUAAUCUUAAUUAAAGUAAAGGCCCAAGUCUCAGCUCCCUUCCUUAACAAUGAAAUCGGAAAAAGAAGUGGGUCAAAAACAAUGCAAUUUCAACCCAAGUGCAAGGCAAUCCCCAUCAGGUGGAUCCCGAUGGGGGCAUGGGGCUGGACAACGGUAGACCGGGGAUGAGCCACAACACCAGCGGCGGCGGCGGCAGUGAGCAGGGCAGCGGCAAAUCUCCCAAUCCAGCACAACAGUAACAUCGUUUUCUGGCGGUGACCAGAUAGAGAAAAGAAGAAACAGAGAAGAGGAGCACACAGAAGAGAAAUUGAAGAAGGGAGAGGAACAGUCUCGAAUUCCCAAUUCAGUUCAGCUCAAAACAUAACCAAUCACAACAAUUUAAUAAUCAUAUAUACAAAUUCAUUCUCAAUUGCACAUGAAUAUAUCAAUGAAUACUAAUCUGUGAAUCAAUUUUAACAAGAAAUAAACCACAACUCACCUUCGUUUAAAUUGAUGAAGAAAUCCUCAAUUUUUUGGUGGGUUUCCAGCUAAUACUCGGGAGUCGUUCGGCAAGGGAAGCUUAAUACGAAGAGGACCGAUGAAUGGUGAUAAUGGUUGCUCACGCCAAGAAGGCAAGAAGAUGAAGGUCAAGGCAUGUAUAUAUAUUGGUAGGGGCGUUUGGUUCGUGCCGAGGAAAGAGAAAGGAAAGGAAAUCAGAACGGGAAAGGAAAUCAGAACGGGAGUGGAGGAAUUGGAGCGGGAGCCGGGAGGGGGAGGAAUCGGAGCUGGGGGAGGAAACGGAGCUGGAAGGGGAGGAACAUACCUGGGCUGCGCUGUGGAUGGAGUCACGGUGUGGCAGCGAGACGCAAUGGGGUGGUGGCGAGACGCGGUGGGGUGACGGCUGGAAGAAACGGAUGUGCUGCGCAUGAAGAAGGUGAUGAAAGAGAGGCGCAGAUUGGGAAAGAAAUGGACGAGGAAGAAGGGUUAGGGAAGGGGAAGAGGGGAAUGUGAAUGGGAAACCCUGGUAGGGAGGGGGAAUCAAAAGAGGGUAAACAA